AUGUAAAACAAAGAAGUUUAAAAGCUAAGCAAAGAGGAAAUCAAAGAUUUUUUGCAAAGUAAAUAAAGUUAUAUAACUUCUAACUAAAUUUAGCAAUCUAUAAACUUUCUAUCAUAAUAUGGCUACCUUGUAGUUUAAUUGAUAGAUUCUGGAAGUUUCGGUGUUGUUAUGAAAGCUAUUGAUUCUUCGAAUAGCAAAAGAUAUGUAGCUAUAAAGAUUAUCAUUGUAACAAAUGCUGAUAUUUUAAAAGAAAAUAUUUAAGAAUAUUAGAAAUGCCUUUUAAUUAAUCAUCCCAACGUCAUCAAAAGUUAUUAGCAGCUUUACGAUGAAGACAAUGAAUGCUUUUUUAUCAUUUCAGAGUUUUGUUAAAAAGGUAAUCUGUUUAACUUUUUUAAACAAAACGAUAUUAAAAAAGAAGAAAUCGUUGAAAUUUGUACUUAAAUUAUUGAAGGUGUUUUAGCUAUUCAUGAUAAAAAUAUUAUACACAGCGACUUAAAGCCUUAAAAUAUUCUUAUCAAUGAUGAUGAUAAAAUAAAAAUAUGUGAUUUAGGAAUGUCUAAAUAACUCUUAGGAUCUAAAUCUCACACUAUUUCAAAAGGUGGAAGUUUGGAUUAUAUGUCCCCAGAAUAAAUUGAAGGUAAACUUAGUAAAUAAUCUGAUAUUUACUCAGUAGGAUGUAUUAUUUGCUUUCUUUGUAAUAUAAACAUAUUUGGUUUGAAUAUGAUUAAUAUAAAGAAAGGGAUAUUUCCUUCUAUUUAAGAAAACCCGUGUAAAGAGUUAGUUAAUUUAGCUUUUCAAAUGAUGAGCGUAGAACCUAAAAAUAGAAUUCAUCUUCAAUUUUGUUUAGAUGAAUUGAAAUAGUUUGAGAAGAGUAACUCAGACAAUCAAAAAGGAUAAAUUGUUGUAAAAUAGUUUUAAAAUGGUGAUAGGUACUAAGGUGAAAUGAAAGAGGGAAAGAUGAAUGGAAAAGGAAUUUACUUUUAUAGCGAAUAAAAGAUUAUAAAAAAAUAUGAAGGUGAUUGGGUUAAUGAUUAGAAAGAAGGUAAUGGUACUUUAGAAUACUGGAAUGGAGAUCAAUAUGAAGGAAAUUUUAAAAAUGAUUAAAGAAGUGGUAAAGGAAUACUUUAUUUUAGUGAAGUAAAUAUCUCAAAGAAAUACGAAGGUGAAUGGGUAAAUGAUAAAUUUGAAGGUUUUGGAAUUUUAGAAUUUAGAGAUGGUAACAUGUAUAAAGGAUAGUUCUAAAAUGGUAGUUUUAAUGGAGAAGGAAUAGAGUAUUUGAAUGGAGAUAAAUAUGAAGGAAAUUUCAAAAAUGGUUAAAGAAGCGGCAAAGGAAUACUUUAUUAUAGUGAAACAAGUAUCUUAAAGAAAUACAAAGGUGAAUGGGUAAAUGAUAAAUUUGAAGGUUUUGGAAUUUUAGAAUUUAGAAACGGUGAUAUAUAUGAAGGAUAGUUCUCAAACUAUAUUUUUAAUGGAAAAGGAAUUUAUUUUUAUAGUGAUAAUGCCUUUAGAAAAAAAUAUGAAGGUGAAUGGGUAAAUGAUAAAUUUGAAGGUUUUGGAAUUUUAGAAUUUAGAAAUGGUGAUAAGUAUGAAGGAUAGUUCUAAAAUGGUAGUUUUAAUGGAAAAGGAAAAUAAUAUUUGAAUGGAGAUAAAUAUGAAGGAAAUUUCAAAAAUGGUUAAAAAAGUGGUAACGGAAUACUUUAUUAUAGUGAAGCAAAUACCUUAAAGAAAUACGAAGGUGAAUGGGCAAAUGAUAAAUUUGAAGGUUUUGGAAUUUUAGAAUUUAGGAACGGUGACAUGUAUGAAGGGUAGUUCUAAAACUAUAUUUUUAAUGGAAAAGGAAUUUAUUUUUAUAGUGAAAAUGACAUUAGAAAAAAAUAUGAAGGUUAUUGGGUUAAUGACAAGAAAGAAGGCCAAGGUACUUUAGAAUACUGGAAUGGAGAUAAAUAUAAAGGAAAUUUCAAAAAUGAUUAAAGAAGUGGUUAAGGAAUACUUUAUUAUAAUGAAGCAAAUAUCUCAAAGAAAUACGAAGGUGAAUGGGCAAAUGAUAAAUUUGAAGGUUUUGGAAUUUUAGAAUUUAGAAAUGGUAAUAAGUAUGAAGGAUAGUUCUAAAAUGGUAGUUUUAAUGGAAAAGGAAUAGAAUAUUUGAAUGGAGAUAAAUAUGAAGGAAAUUUCAAAAAUGGUUAAAAAAUUGGCAAAGGAAUACUUUAUUACAGUGAAACAAGUAUCUUAAAGAAAUACGAAGGUGAAUGGGUAAAUGAUAAAUUUGAAGGUUUUGGAAUUUUAGAGUAUAGAAAAGGUGAUAUGUAUGAAGGAUAAUUCUAAAAUGGUAGUUUUAAUGGAAAAGGUAUUUAUUUUUAUAGUGAAAAUGACAUUAGAAAAAAAUAUGAAGGCUAUUGGGUUAAAGGUAAGAAAGAAGGCAAAGGUACUUUAGAAUACUGGAAUGGAGAUAAAUAUGAAGGAAACUUUAAAAAUGAUGAAAUAAGUGGUAAGUGA